AUGGCCGUCGCCGAAAAGGCCCGCUUCUACUUGGAGCGUUCCGUUCCCCAAUUGCGCGAGUGGGAGGAAAAGGAAAUCUUCACAAAGGCAAUCCUCGGCCUCGGCAGACAUCCAAUACAUCCCACCCAAGACACCAUCCUAACACACCCACCACAGGAGGAAAUCCGCACAAUCGUCCAGAAAAGAAGCGACUUCGAACACCGCAUCCUCGCCCCGCGCUCCGACCCCGCCGACUUCUCCUCCUACGCGAAAUGGGAAACCUCCCUCGACGCCCUGCGCCAGAAGCGCUGCCGGCGCAUGAAGGUCGGCCACGUCAACUCCCAGCACGCCUCCCAGGCCCGCGUCCUCGCCAUCUACGACCGCGCCGUCGCCCGCCACCCCUCCCGCAAGGACCUCUGGCUCGAGUACCUCGCCUACACCGAGGACGUCAAGGCCUCCAAGCGCUGGCGCCGCACCAUGGCCGCCGCCCUGCGCAUGAUGCCCACCGACGCCGACCUGUGGAUCCACGCCGGCCGCCGCUCCGCUAAGAACGGCGACAUGGGCGGCGCGCGGGGGUACUUCAUGCGCGGGUGCCGGUUCUGCACGACCGAGGGCACGCUGUGGAUCGAGUACGCGCGCUGCGAGAUGGAGUGGCUGGCCAAGAUGGACGCGAAGCGCGGCGGCGGGAAGAAGAAGGACGCGAACCCCCUGGCGGGCGAGAAGAUGGACGACGACGACGAGAUCCGUUUCGGCGACGAGGAGGACGAGGAGAACGAGGACGGCGACGACUUGCCCGUCCCCGGCAAGAAGGUCAUCGACGAGGACGCCGCCGCGAAGCUCAAGAACAACCCGGCCAUGGACGGCGCCAUACCCAUGGCCAUCUUCGACAUCUCCCGCAAGCAGUCCUUCUUCACCCCCGACGUCGCCGAGCGUUUCUUCGACAUGUUUGCCACCUUCGCCAAGGUCUCGUGCCUCGAGAAGAUCAUCAACUAUGUUGUGGAGGCCAUGCGCGCGCUUGACGCAGCCCACCCCGCGACGUGGAACUGCUACGUCCGUCUGCCGCUGGUCGGCGUCAGCCCCGACACGCCCGAGUUCCCGCUGGGUCUGCGCGACGUGCUGUCGAGGCUGGGUAAGGGUCUGGACGAGACCUCGGACAAGGAGGCGCUGCGCAGCAAGAGCCUGGUGUGGAUCCAAAUGAUCCUGCUCGUCGAGGACCUGGACGAGGGCAUCAAGGCCGUGUUGGAGGCUACAAAGGGCAAGUUGGAGGCGUAG